AUGGCGACUCCGGCGGUUAUGCAGACGGAUUCUCUAAAAGAAAACUUCGAUGAUUUAUUAACAUGCUCUAUUUGCCUUGAGACUUUCAAAGAUCCUAAAUAUUUGCCCUGUCUUCAUACGUUCUGCGAGGCAUGUAUUCACACUUAUAUCAAUUCGACUGAUAACGAGGAGAAACCAACAGGGUUCAAAUGUCCUCCAGACGAGAGGAUUAAGAUAUACUGUAAAGACCAUACAAAGCCGUGUUGCACAGUUUGCGCUACGGUCCAUCAUAGAAAGUGUGCACAAGUCGUUACCAUAGAUAAAGCUGUAUGCGGUGUAAAAGAUUCUACAAAGGCACAUAAUCUUAAGAAUAAAUUGAAAGACAAAAGCGAUCACUUAUGUAAAGUUCUUCAAAAUCGCAAAGAAAACAUAUCAGCAUUUGAAAAAGAAACAGAAGCUAUUCAGAAAGAAAUAAGUAAUGUGCGGAAAAAGUUAAAUAAACAUUUAGAUAAACUUGAACAACAUUUAAAAGACGAAGUUAGGAGCACACAGAAAUCUAACGUCAUAAAACUGAACGAUGAAGCUAUAGUAAUAUCCACACUUAAGAGCACUAUUGAUAACUGGAAGAAUAUUUUUGAGGCUUGUUUAUUUCACGGAUCGGAGUUACAAUGUUUGAUUACGAUGGAAGAUAUAUUUUGUAAACUACCACAGUUUGAGGAGGAUUUGUCAAAAUCAGUGCGUGAAAUACGAGAUCUAUCAGUAAAAAUCAAAGUUACAGAUGUUAUUGAAAAAGUAGACUCUCUUGGAAGUGUUAAUCUGAACGAACGAAGACCUUCAAUCUCCGGAAUAAAGACAACAAAUUUUCUCACAGGAAAAUUUAAAGUUGUAUUUACAAUAAAUAUCAGUGGACCAAAUAUAAGUGGUAUAUUUUUUAAUGAUUAUAUAGUUAUAACAGACUAUAGUUGUAAAACGAUAGUUAGUCAUGACUCAAACGGACAAAAGAAGAAAGAACUAAAUGUUCAAGAUAGCCCCACUGACAUUACUAAAGUGAAUGAUGAAACCGUUGCUGUUUCGUCAUACCCACACAAGAUCUUUGAAAUUAAUGUUGAGACAAUGACAUUACUGAGGACACUGACCGUUGAUGUUAAUGUAUGGGGAUUGUGUUUUGUGGGAGAUGAAUAUGUUACCGCUCAAAAUAACACUAUUUCGUGGUUGAACUCUAAAACCGGUGCGAAACUUAGAUGUUGUACCACGGGUGCAAAUACACCAUUUGUCACUUGUAACCAGUCAACUAAGUACAUCUAUACGAAUGGUACUAAUUCUAUCAGACAAGAAUCGACUACGGAAAAAUGUUUCGAUUACAAUGGUAAAUCUUUAGAAUAUACGUAUAGCCAGGCUAUUGACUAUGAUGGUAAUAUUUACGCUGUUGGGCGAGAAUCUAAAAACAUUCAUCAACUAACCUCUGCUGGAGAACUUGUCCGAAUAAUUCCUUUAUCCGAUAUAGACAGCACAAUGACUGAUCUACCGUGGGUAAUGCGAUUUAAAGAUGACAGUAACAAGUUUCUAUUGACAUUUUAUUCUACUGGAAAAGUGCGUGUAUGUGAAGUUGAAUAG